GCCAGGAGUUCCCAAAAUAAGUGAUGAGACGAUGUGGAGAGUCAUCCGGCGAGAGGAAAUCACCCAGUUAACAAUGGCAGCAAGACGUGAGCGAGUGGAACGCCAGUCCCGUGUGCGAAUGGAACGCCAGCCCCGGUACCCCGGAUCGCCGUGGAACAACGGUGGACGAUGGGAAGUAUCCCUCCCGUCGAGUUCUACCUAUCAGGGGUUCGACGUAGGAUGGCGGGCCGUGACUUUGGGAAGGGACGCCGCCUUCAUGUUGAUAGAAUGUCGGUGGACAGGAAUGAGACUCAACCGAGGACCCGGAGAUGAUCUGUUCUCCAAUCUGGAGGUUACCGGGGCCAUGUAUCUGUCUGAGAUCGGCUGGCAUUCGUUGGGGGUAGAGAUAGCCCAAGGUCACGAGCUGGCACCGGUCUUUCAAAGGGUCCCCCGGACGUUGACCCGGAUAGGACAUUCGGUCAGGGGAAGAAGGAACGUGGGCUUGCUAACCCGGGUGGAGAUGGGAGGUUGGAGGGAGUUCAGGGCACCAACCACACCGCUGAGGUGCCGGGUAAUGUGGGCAGACCACUUUUCCGCGCAAAGCGAAGGGGGGCAGAAGGACAGAGAGUCAAUAAAUCCGGAUGGUACCAAAGAGAACCGGAAGGAAAUCUUCACAGGAGAAAGCUCGGGGAAAGUCGGGGGAAGCAGGCAAGGGACCCAGGGGACCAAGGAAGGCAGAAAUAAGGAUAGGACAAACCCCCGAAACUCGGAAGGAGCCAUGCCUAAGAAAGUAAGGGUCACGGACACAAGGCGAAAACUAGCCGAGAUAGACAAGAGGACCGCGGAAUACAAGGCAAGACUGAUUGAGGAAAUGAUGACUGGGAACGAAGAAGGUCCUCUGCAGGAGGAACCCCGGGACGAACGGAAAGCCAGCCAAGGUGGGACUGGACAAGGGGAUAAAGGUAGUGACCAUGGGGGAACGCCGAGCAAGAGAAGGAAAGAGGGAGAGAACUCUCUGGGGAUGGAAGCAGAAAAGGUAACGACUCCGCCAGCCAUUGAUAGUAGGGCUAGCCGCCUGCCGAUCACGCCAGCAGUAGCGCGAGGAUGCGAAGGACUUUGGAGCCUUAGGAAAAGAGUGUUAGGAUGGUUUGACCCGGAAGGAACUAUGAAAACCAGGGAGGGACAAAAGGACGGCAAGGAGAGCCCGGAUAACAGUGUGGCAGGCGAGGCCAGCAGCUCCGAGGGCGGCCUUAAGAAGAUAGUGUCGUCCCUCGCUCGAGCACUAAACAAAAAUCAAGGCUAUCUGGCAGACGCCAAGAAAAAGCUGACUUUCGAUGGAGCAAACAUCACGGAGUUCCUGAUCGACUACGAGAACCUAGCUGCGUUACUAAAGUGGACCGAGGAGGAAAAGAUGGACCACCUAGGACAACAUGUGUCGUUAAGCCUAGGACGGGACAUAAUGGUCAUUGUAGCCGCAAGCCGGUCUUGGAAGGAGACCCGGGAUGUGAUGAUGAGGAAGUACCUAGCGGCGGAGAAAAUGGCAACGGAGGCCGACCUAGCGGUCGUUCAGAGGAAGAACUUUGCAACGUACAAUGAUUUCCUACGGGAAUUUACUCUGGUAGCACUAAGGAUCCCCGGGGUCACGGACCGGAUAAUGAGCAAAUAUUUCCUCGGGCAGUUCUUCGAGUUUGACAAAGACAAGAUCCUGUCAGCCUACCAACAGACGAGCAAGUUUGUAAACACGCGGGAUGUUGAUUUUAACACAGUGACGGAUUUGGCUGAGAAAACGGUAGUAACGACGACGUUGACCUUGCUCAAGGAAGGAGAGAUCAUAGAUCUGACCGGUAGGACGGGCGACAAGGUAAAGAAGGGGAUUGAAAGUCUACAUGAACGGGUGCACGGGGUCGACAAUAAGAUUGAAAGGAUGGAAGGCGCGCUAAUGGUUAUGCAAGCACAAGUAUCCCGACCUGCCCUCCCUCCCCAAAAAGCUGUGGUCCCGCCAGGUGUAGCAAACCGGGGAUUUAGACGGAGAGAUCCUGCUAACGAGCAAUGCAAGUACUGCACCGCGAUAGGAAAUUAUGUGCGCGCAUGCCCAAAGCUCAACCAUUAUAUUCUGAAAAGAAGGUGUACCAGGUCGUUAAAGGGGGAGAUAUUUGGACCACAAGGAGAACGGGUGAACUGUAACUCACCAGGAGGGAUGCGGCGAGUCGUUAUCAUGCUCAACGGUAUAGAAAUAACAGUCGUAGAAGCCGAACCGGUAGGCGAGAUCAUCUGGGAUCAGCUCCGCGGGUGCGGGCCGCAGACCAACUUUACUUUGGAAAGCGACGGACGUGAUAGGGUGAACGCAACCACUCGACUGGGAACGGCCGGGAGAAGGAUUAACCGUGACACCAUUAUGGAGGAGGUCGCUGGAAGCUCCGAACCCCAGGCAGAGCCUAAGGCCGAGGAACCAGAGAAAGUCUAUGGGAAGCCUAGGGAAGAGGAGCCUGCGGACAAGGCUACCACCGUCAAGAAGAAGUUUAGGUAUCAAAUCCCGAUCUUGACCUUGCCUGAGCUCGACGACACUAUUAGCAAGUUACUAGGAACCAUGGUGUCGGUGUCUUUUCAGACCAUGCUGCAGGCUAGCCCUAGGUUGCUCAAGGGGCUCAGACAACUGUUGACUCGGAGGCGAGUAGAAAUAGGCGACAACCCCGAAUUACCAGAAGGGGAGAGGGAGGAGGAAGCUCCGCAAGAAGUGGCUAACCUUCUGAGGAGUCACGGGGACUUGGAGGAUCUCGAAAGGGCCUUUGCAGACAUUCAUUUGAGCUUACCCGACCGAGAGGGCGGCGAAGUCAUGAGAUCACCACCCGGGACGAAGCUUAGCUUUCAUACGCUACCCGUAGGGAAAUUGAAAAUCCAGAUCGGGAGUCAUCACACCGACGCAUUAGUAGACGGGGGAGCAGAAAUCACUCUCAUAAGGAGAGAUUUCGCAAUGAUCACGGGAUGUACGGUAAACAAGGAAGUAACAGGGAGCAUCCGGGGAGCUGGCGGGGAAAUCCCGUUUGCUGGGUACGUCACGAAGUGUGCUGUGAAGGCAGGGGUCAGGGAAUCGAUCUGCUCGUUUCAGCGGAUGACUGUAAUGGAGGAAAUGGACCACGACAUAAUCCUCGGGAGACCGUGGUGCGCGAACGUAGAGAUGAUAGGCAUGCACUUGCACGAUGGCUCGUACAUGGUAGACAUAGAGGACCCUGUGACCGGCCGGGGAGAGCUCCUUCGACUCCUUGGAACGGGAGGAGACCCCCCAAAGGGGAAAUUGGCAACAUGGUCGCCGUCGUUCGAGGAUAGCACGCGAAAAGGAGCUUUCGCACGGAUGGAGGGCGUGCAGGAGAAGGACGAGACGGAAGUCCAUCCAGGGAUCCGACGUUUUGUGUGGGAUCACCUGCAGGACAUCAAGGAUAUACUCCGACGGUUCUUAGUAUACAACAUUACGGCUAGUGGACCGAAUAGUAUCCUAGCAGUACCGGAGGUAACUAUACUAGGAUUUCGUUGCGGUGCUUACGGCAGAAAGCCGGAUCCGGCAAAAACUGAUAAGAUAUCACAAUGGCCGACACCAUUGCGCAAGACAACGGAGGUAAGGGCAUUCCUAGGCGUAGUCGGCUUUUGGAGGAUCUUCAUUAAGAACGUUGCCAAGAUUGCUGAGCCUAUCCGGGCUAUGAUCAGGGAAGAAGGAACCAUGGAUUGGACGGAGAAACGAGAAGGAGUUGUCCAAAGGCUCAAGGACAUAUUGACAUCAGAGACAGUCGCCCUGUCUGCGCCUUGUUUUAAUGACGAAGUGGGACGACCCUUCAUCCUAGAGACUGAUGGAGGACCUUUGGCCGUAGGAGGUGUGUUGAUUCAAAGGGAUGAGGGAGGAAAAGAGAGGCCGAUUAGGUUCGAAAGUAGAACCCUGAACUCCACAGAAUGGCGGUACUCGCAAUUCAAGAAAGAAGUCAUAGCCAUCCUGCAUUGCCUUAAGACCUUCCAGGCCUACCUAUUUGGGAGGCGGUUCAUCUUAAGGAUCGAUCCGACGAAUGUCGCAGGGCCUCUGAAGAAAUACAGGCCUAUAGAUCCGACGGUAGGGAGAUGGGUAGGAUUCAUCUGGCAGUUCGAUUACAAGAUCGAACGGAUUGCUGAAAUCCGCAACAAGGCAGAUGGGCUGAGUCGGGUUUGCAUCACUCCCGAAGGGAUGGAGGAUGCAGAACCCAUAAUUGCCUCCCUCGAAUACGAAGGAGGGACUCUCGCGGUGGAUAACGAAAUGAUGAGCGAGGGAUGCACCUCGGGAGAACUAUUGAUCCAGACUUUGGAGAAGGGGGCACCUGCUGUAGUAGCAGAACUGACAGAAGGACCAUGCGUGGUAAAUCAGAUGCAGGAAGGAAAGGAUGGGGGCAAGGAAGGAGAGGAGUUUUUCUAUGUCCAAUCCUACGAAGGACUCUUUCGGGAGAUCGGUUUAUUGUUGGUAGGAAACAAACAACCUACGGAAGUCAGUAUUAAGGCGAGAGAAGAAGCCGAAAGGUAUAUCCUGGAUGCGCGAGACAAACUGAGCGGGUUCGUGGAGGCAAUCGCCCUCAAGAAAAAGACAGGGAGAAGUGUGGCGGACUGGAUGGAAGACUUCUACUUAAGGCAUUCAUUCGUCAGGAGGUUUAUAGCAGACAAUGAGACGGAAUUUGUGAACCAAGAAGUAUUGGGGAUGCUUAAGAGACUCUGCGUUCCGAUCAAACUCAUCGAACCGUAUCACCCUGAGGUCAUUGCACCUGUGGAAAGGGGGCACCGAACCUUGAAGAACAUGAUUGCAAAGCUCGGAGCAGACCAUAUGGGGAACUGGCCUAGGUAUCUUAAGCAGCUUGUCUUUGCAGAUAAUAUGACUCCUAAAAGGACAACAGGAUGUAUCCCGGCAGAGCUUUGGUACGGAAGAGAGAUCGACUUUCCUGUGGAAGCCUUGAUACCUACCUGGAAUAGGUUAGAUGAUGAUCCGCAAAUGACCACUGAAGAGUUAAUCGAGGCAAGAUGUCAACAAAUCCUUAAGAAUGAGGAGGUCGUGGAAGACAUCGCCAGCCGGGUGCUGGACAGCAGAAUGAGGGACAAAGCAAGGUGGGACCAGGUUAAGAAUGUCAGAAGGGAGCCACUUCAGGUGGGAGAGAUGGUAUUGCUAAGGAACUCGACACUAGAAAGUACUUGGUCGAGACAGUUGGGAAGGAGGUUCAAAGGCCCCUACCGGGUCGCCAAGCGGGUGGGACUGAACACCUUUGAACUGGAAGAUUUGGAUGGAACUGGAUUGAAAGGGCCCUUCCCGGGGCAACGACUGGUCAGGUUUCUAAGUCGGGACCCAGUGGAACAAUGGCUUCAGGAGGCCGAAGAUAAGGAAACAGAGGAGCCACAAGUUAAAGACUAACCACAACCUUGCCUACACUAUGGUUUGUCUCUGACCAUGUUCGUGGGACUGUC